AUGGGACAUCUGGUACUACCUGACGGUACCAGGUAUGAUGGAGCCCUGAUUGGAGGCCUGUGCUCUGGACUUGGCGUGAUGGCAUUCCCUGAUGGAGCCAAAUAUGAAGGUGAAUUCAUGCAGGGCUGGUUCCAUGGUCAUGGCGUGUUCUGGCGAGCUGAUGGCAUGAAGUUCGAAGGGGAGUUUCGUGGAGGAAGGGUUUGGGGUUUGGGACUGGUGACCUUCAGUGACGGUAGUAACGGCUUCCCUCGCAACGAAGGCUUUUUUCAGGACUGUCGGUUGGUGCGUCGCAAGCGCUGCCCAGAAGUUGUGCAGCGUGCCCAAAAGGUUGCCUAUAUGGCCCGUGCGCAGUGCCAACAGAUGUAG